ACAACAAAAGACCUAAAACCCCUCUCUCGUGUUCUUUCUUCUUCUUCUUCUUCUUCGCGUUGCUCUCUCGUCGUCGGCGGCAGAUUAAAAUCGUUAUCAUAUCGUUUCGACACUCUUGCAAACAUUCCAAUUAGAACAAAACAAAAAAAAAGGUCAUCUUUUUCUUCUCUUAGAAACAUUAGUUUCGAAGUCUCUUCAAUUCUACAGUUGCAACAACGAGCUCUUUCAAAGGCAAACAAUGUCGAGGAUAUGCGUUAAAAAUUUGCCCAAACAUGUGAAAGAGGAUCGACUUCGAGAUGUAUUUUCACAGAAAGGAGAAAUCACUGACGCCAAAUUGAUGCGUUCCAUUGAUGGUAAGACUAGACAAUUUGCCUUUAUUGGAUUUCGUAGUGCUGAAGAAGCUCAAGAAGCUAUUAAGUAUUUCAACAAGUCUUUUCUUGAUACUUCUCAGAUUUUUGUUGAGAUUGCGCGUAAAGUCGGAGAUGAGAACGCUCCUCGUCCAUGGAGUCGUCUUUCGCGUAAGAAAGAAGAGAAAGUUAAUGAGGAUUCUGAAAAAUUGUCUAGUGGACUGUUAAACAAUGGUAAGGCUAAAGGAGGCAAAAAGAGUAAACCAGAGGUUGAUGAUCCUGAGUUCCAGGAAUUUCUUGACGUUCAUCAGAGGGGUAACUCGAAAAUCUGGUCCAAUGACAUAUCGAUUCCUCAUCCCCCUGAACAAACAGGAAAAGGAAAGGUCUUGAUGAAGAAAGCGGAUGAGCCAACGGUUUCCAAUGAUACUGAGCCUGACAAAGUUAUAACAUCAUCUGGUACUGAAAAGACUAAGAAGAGCAAAGCUGUAGCUCCCACUGAUGAUGUUUCUGAUAUGGAAUAUUUCAAGAGUAGGAUUAAGAAAAAUAUGUCGGAUUCUGACAGUGAUGAUGAAACUGAUAGUAGUGAAGAUGAAGUUGGUGAUGCUGAUCUUGCGGGGAAUGAUAGUGGUAAAGCUGAUGCAGACGGUCUUGAUACUGCUAUUCGUAAUUUCCCUAUUGAUGGUGAUGUCGAAGCUGGUGGAAUCGAUAAAGAUAUUGAUGGCGAUGCCAUGGAAGUAGAAGCCGAUGAAAAGGUGGCUCAAGAAUCGAAAGCUGACAGUGAUGAUAUUCUUGACACUGGUCGCCUUUUCGUUCGUAACCUGCCUUACACUGCAACAGAAGAAGACCUUAUGGAACAUUUUAGCAAAUUUGGUGAUAUAUCAGAAGUCCAUCUUGUUCUUGACAAGGAGACGAAAAGGUCCAAAGGAAUUGCCUACAUCCUUUACCCGAUUCCGGAAUGUGCAGCAAGGGCAAUGGAGGAACUAGAUAACUCAAUUUUCCAGGGCCGGUUGUUGCAUAUUUUGCCAGCCAAGCACCGUGAAACGUCUGAUAAACAAGUGAAUGAGACUUCUAACCUGCCAAAAACAUUCAAGCAAAAGAGAGAGGAACAAAGAAAGGCAUCUGAAACUGGUGGUAAUACAAAGGCUUGGAAUAGUUUAUUCAUGCGACCCGAUACUGUUCUAGAAAACAUAGUCAGGGUGUAUGGUGUAAGCAAGAGUGAGUUACUUGACCGUGAAGCUGAAGAUCCUGCUGUGCGCCUUGCUUUGGGAGAAACAAAAGUGAUUGCGGAGACCAAAGAAGCCCUUGCGAAAGCUGGAGUAAAUGUUUCCUCUUUGGAAGAAUUUGCUGCAGGUAAUGGUGAUGAGAAGAACCGAAGCAAACAUAUCCUCUUAGUAAAGAAUUUGCCAUUUGCUUCCACUGAAAAGGAACUAGCUCAAAUGUUUGGAAAAUUUGGAAGUCUAGACAAAAUUGUCCUCCCUCCGACGAAGACGUUGGCCUUGGUUGUUUUCCUUGAGCCUGCUGAGGCACGCGCAGCUAUUAAGGGAAUGGCAUACAAGCGUUACAAAGAUGCUCCCUUGUAUCUGGAGUGGGCUCCUGGAAAUAUUCUUGAGUCUGAUAACAAUGAAAAGAAGAGUGAUGUUGUAGAAAAUGAUGUGAGAAGAGUCAACGUGGAGCACCAGGUUGAAAUCGAUCCAGAUGUAACUGAGUCAAAUGUCCUUCAUGUUAAGAAUCUGAGCUUCAAGACAACUGAUGAGAGUUUGAAGAAGCAUUUGACUGAACUGGUGAAGCAGGGAAAGAUUCUGAGUGUCAAGAUAAUAAAGCAUGUAAAGAAUGGGAAGAAUCUUUCAAGCGGUUAUGGUUUUGUAGAAUUCGACUCUGUAGAGACAGCCAUCAGUGUCUACAGAGAUCUACAGGGAACUGUUCUGGAUGGGCAUGCUUUGAUCUUGAGAUUCUGUGAAAACAAGCGGAGUGACAAGGUUGGAAAAGAUUCAGCCAAGGACAAAACUUCGACAAAGUUACAUGUGAAAAAUGUAGCUUUUGAGGCAACCAAGAAUGAAUUAAAACAGCUAUUCAGUCCAUUUGGACAGAUCAAGAGUCUGAGGCUUCCAAAGAGGAAUAUUGGGCAAUAUGCGGGUUUUGCUUUUGUUGAAUUCGUGACAAAGCAAGAAGCCUUGAACGCUAAAAAAGCAUUAUCAAGCACACAUUUCUACGGACGCCAUUUGGUGCUCGAGUGGGCGAAUGAUGACAAUAGCAUGGAAGCGAUCCGGAAGCGUUCUGCUGCCAAGAUGGACCAAGAAAACGAUAAUGCAAAGAAAAGGAAAAGCUUGAAAGUUGUUGAUGAAAGCAGAAUGAAGUUUGAGAGAAUAGCUGAGUAGUAGAGUCGCCUUCUUCUAUAGUUGGUAUUGACACAUGGUGUUAUAUAUAAGUCGCUACUGUGGUUCUUCUCCAUGGUUUAAAAUUUUGAUGUCUACUGGUUAAUUUAUAUGUUAUAUACAGAUGCUUCUUUCAACAAAGUUUAUAGAAGAAAUUAUUUUCAAUUA